UCGAUAACUCUGCAAACACGUGCCCAGCGCAUUGUGUUUUGUUUUGGAUUGCAAAAAGGACGCAGGUCAAGAAAUAAAGCAACACAAUGGUAAACGAUAAUAACACAGCACCAGCUCCAACAGCGACUGCAUCACCAGCUCCAGCUCCAGCACAAGAUGCAAGCAACACAAAGACUGCAGCCAAGCCGAAAACCAAAGCAAAGAAGGUGCUCAAACCAGAAGCAAGCAUUCCGCGCGGUCAACCGAAAUCCAACCGACCCUGGAAGACGCCCAAGCAAAAAUUCAGCAAGAUCAAGAAGACUGUGAAUCGCUUGACGUUCGAGAAAAAAGAGGCACUGCGCAACGAGUUGCGCUACAUUAAGGAAAAGUCCAAGGAGAUCAAGGAUCAGCGCAAAGAAGCCGCUGUCCAGCAUCAUCAGCGUCGUGUGGAGAAUGCAGAGCGUCGCUUAGCCAACGAGCGUCGUGCCGAAGUGGUCCAAGUCAUCAAGAAUCCGGCGAAACUGAAGCGCAUGAAGAAGAAGCAGAUGCGUAUGAUUGAGAAGCGCGAUCUGAGUCAAGUGAAAGUGGUGUAACAAUGUUU